AAGAACAAUUGCCACUUGACAAGAUUUUGAUUUUUUUUCAUUUCUUCUUCUUGUCCUUUGAGGAGACUAAACUGAUGAUUCCUUCUGAAACUCAGGGCAGAGCCAUAUAUUCCUCAUCUGUCUCAUCUCCACCACUUUUUUAUUUUUGCCGGCCUUCAACAACAACUACAUAACUUUUUACCCAACUUUCUUCCUUCUACACUCCCCCAUGGAAAAUCCCACCUCCAAUUUUUUCUCCUUUGACCAAUCUCACUUCUUCUUCACUUUUCUCGCCGCUCUUCUAAUCUUCCUCUACCUAAGACUCACCCGCCUGCGCGUCCCCCUCCCACCGGGUCCUCGCGGGGUUCCACUCCUCGGAAACCUCCCCUUUCUCCACCCCGAACUUCACACCUACUUCGCUCAACUAGGUCAAAAAUACGGCCCAAUAGUCAAGCUUCAGCUCGGCAGAAAAAUCGGCAUAAUCAUAAAUUCACCGUCCGUGGUACGUGAAGUGUUGAAAGACCACGAUGUCACGUUUGCCAAUCGUGAUGUUCCCCAAGCCGGGAGAGCCGCGUCGUACGGUGGUUCCGACAUAGUUUGGACUCCGUAUGGACCUAAGUGGCGAAUGUUGAGGAAAGUUUGUGUGGUCAAGAUGUUAAGCAACGCCACUUUGGAUAGUGUCUACGAGCUCCGCCGUAAAGAGGUGAGAAACACGGUGGCUCACUUGUAUGCGCGAGCUGGGACGGCGGUGAACGUAGGAGAGCAGGGGUUUCUGACCGUAUUCAAUGUGGUUACGAGCAUGUUGUGGGGUGGGUCAGUGGAAGGGGAGCAAAGGGAUGGUCUUGCAGCGGAGUUUAGAGAGACGGUUUCGGAGAUGACGGAGCUGUUGGGGCUGCCUAAUGUUUCGGAUUUUUUUCCGAGCUUGGCUCGAUUUGAUCUCCAAGGCAUUGAGAAGAAGAUGCGUGAACUUGCUCCGAGAUUUGAUAGCAUUUUUGAGAAAAUGAUAGAUCAACGAUUGAAAAUUGAUGGCGGAGACGAGGGCGGGAGUGUGAAGAAGAAUGAUUUCUUGCAGUUCUUACUUCAGGUAAAGGAUGAAGAAGAAUCCAAGACUCCUCUCACCAUGACCCACCUUAAAGCCUUGCUCAUGGAUAUGGUGAUUGGCGGGACGGACACAUCGUCAAAUACAGUUGAGUUUGCGAUGGCAGAAAUGUUAAAGAGCCCGAAAACUCUAAAGAAAGCACAAGAAGAAGUCGUAGCCGUGGUCGGAGAAGACAACAUCGUGGAAGAGUCCCACAUUCAUAGUUUACCGUAUCUCAAAGCUGUAAUGAAAGAAACAUUACGUUUACACCCGAUUCUACCUCUGCUCGUGCCGCACUGCCCAAGCGAGACCGCCAUCGUCUCCAAUUACACAAUCCCAAAGGGCUCUCGAGUGUUCAUCAACGUAUGGGCAAUUCAGCGAGACCCCAAAAACUGGGAUAAUCCAUUGGAGUUCGACCCAGAGAGAUUCUUGAAUGGUAAGUUUGAUUUCAGUGGGAACGAUUUUCGUUACUUCCCGUUCGGAUCUGGGAGAAGAAACUGUGCAGGGAUAGCAAUGGCGGAAAGAAUGGUAAUGUAUAUGCUUGCUACACUUUUGCAUUCAUUUGAUUGGAAAUUGGAAGAAGGUGAUGGGAAGAUUGAAGUUGAAGAGAAAUUUGGGAUUGUUUUGAAAAUGAAGACUCCUCUUGUUCUCAUUCCAACGCCAAAGCUAGCUGAUCCCACUCUGUAUCAAUAAGCGAUCAAAGUAUAUAUAUAUAUAUGCUCCCACAGUCCCACUGUGAUACUAUCGUUAUAGACUGAUGUACACCAUGUCGAAUUCAAGAGAAAUAAAGUAAGUUCUCAUUUUGAAAUUUA